UCAGAGCCAAAAUCAGCUUUGAAUUAAAAUGUUCCUGGCCAAGAGUAUUAUAUGCCUCGCCGUCCUGGCGGUGGCCAACGCCCAGUUCAACACCAACUACGCCUCAGGACGCAGUGGCAUGGUCCACCUUUUCGAAUGGAAGUGGGACGACAUUGCCGCUGAGUGCGAGAACUUCCUAGGACCUUAUGGGUACGCUGGUGUGCAGGUAUCUCCCGUAAACGAAAACGCUGUGAAGGACAGCCGUCCGUGGUGGGAGCGUUACCAACCCAUUUCCUACAAACUGGUUACCCGUUCCGGCAAUGAGGAGCAAUUCGCCAGCAUGGUCAGGCGUUGCAACAACGUUGGAGUGCGCAUCUACGUGGACGUCGUCUUCAACCACAUGGCCGCUGAUGGAGGCACUUACGGCACUGGUGGCAGCACCGCCAGUCCCAGCAGCAAGAGCUACCCAGGAGUGCCCUACUCCUCGCUGGACUUCAACCCCACCUGCGCCAUCUCCAACUACAACGAUGCCAACCAGGUGCGCAACUGCGAGCUGGUUGGACUGCGUGACCUCAACCAGGGCAACUCCUACGUUCAGGAGAAGAUCGUCGAGUUCCUGAACCACCUGAUCGAUCUGGGUGUGGCCGGGUUCCGUGUGGACGCUGCCAAGCACAUGUGGCCCGCUGAUCUGGGAGUGAUUUACGGAAGCCUGAAGAAUCUGAACACCGACCACGGCUUCGAGUCCGGUGCCAGGGCCUACAUUGCCCAGGAGGUGAUUGACAUGGGUGGCGAGGCCAUCAGCAAGUCCGAGUACACCGGCCUGGGAGCCAUCACCGAGUUCCGUCACUCCGACUCCAUUGGAAAGGCCUUCCGUGGCAAGGACCAGCUCCAGUAUCUGGUCAACUGGGGUGUCGGCUGGGGCUUCGCUGCCUCCGAUCGCUCCCUGGUCUUCGUCGACAACCAUGACAACCAGCGUGGACAUGGAGCCGGUGGUGCCGAUGUUCUCACCUACAAGGUGCCCAAGCAGUACAAGAUGGCCUCUGCCUUCAUGUUGGCACAUCCCUUCGGAACUCCACGUGUCAUGUCCUCGUUCUCCUUCACCGACACCGACCAGGGCCCACCUACUACCGAUGGCCAGAACAUUGCCUCUCCCACCUUCAACAGCGAUAACUCCUGCAGCGGCGGAUGGGUGUGCGAGCACCGCUGGAGGCAGAUCUACAACAUGGUUGACUUCCGGAACGCCGUCGGAUCCGAUGCGAUCCAAAACUGGUGGGAUAAUGGAAGCAACCAGAUUGCCUUCAGCCGCGGCAGCAAGGGCUUUGUUGCAUUCAACAACGACAACUACGACCUCAACAGCUCUGUUCAGACCGGUCUUCCCGCUGGAACCUACUGCGAUGUCAUCUCCGGCUCCAAGAGCGGAUCUUCCUGUACUGGCAAGACCGUCACUGUCGGAUCCGAUGGAAGGGCCAACAUCUCCAUCGGCAGCUCUGAGGACGACGGUGUUCUGGCUAUUCAUGUCAACGCCAAGUUGUAAAGAACCCCCUUUAAUCAGAACUUUUUAACAAAUAUAUAAUGUGAGCAUUAA